UUUUCAGAAUUUCUACAAAAAUUGGGCAAAGUUAUUAUUUAAUUAAAGGCAAAAUGCGUAAACGUUCUAAUCGUUUACCUGUUUUGUUAAUUGUUUUGGCUGCUUUUAUUUUUAUUUGUAUUGCCUGUUUAUUUAUUUGGUUAAAAAAUAAUAAUAAUUCUGAAAAUAAAUUUUUGAAAGAAAAACAAGAGGGGGGAAAUUUAAAGAAAAUAUAUCCAACAACAAGUCAAAUAAAAGAAACAACAAAAACUACAACAGAAGAAAGUAUUGAAUUAACAGAUUCUUCAACAUAUUCUACAACAAUAACAGAUUUAUUAAAAACAGAAGAAUUCCAACAACAACAAACAACAGACACUACAUCCCCUUCUUCUUUUAUGGAAGAAAUUGUCGAAAAACCUCAAUUAAAACAUAUACCUAUAUGUCCUGAACCACCACUUGAAGAAAUUAAUGAAAUAAAUGAAUGCGAAGGAGGAGGGGAAAGGUAA